AGGGUGUAAAGGUGCUAGUGGCCCAGCACGAGUGGCACGAGCGGAAAGAGGUAGAAGGGGACGAGGUCCGGGCGUGGCUCGUAGACGCGUUCUGUCGCUUGCUGCAGCCGUGGUCUGACCGCGGUCUGGUUACCUUCUCGUGGGAUGUAUGAGAUGGACCGCAUGUGGCGGAUGUGCUCGGCCUUGUAGUAGGUAGGUGUGUAACUUCAGCAUUAGUUGGCAAUGGGUGACCGUGACCAAGAUCCCGUUCGUCCAUUUGAUGUAUCUUUGUGCGUGCUACUGACAGACCUGUAUAGACUGCCCUCCCUCCCUAUCACGAAGACAUGCCAUAUCAACAAGCAUACGACGAAUGGUUUGACGAAGACAUCUAUCAUGCCUUCACGACGCGCGCCCUUCCGACGGCCCUCUCCGCCCGCAUUCUCGUCGAGGUCUUUGAACUCAUCAUCGACUGCCUGGACAUGUCAAGCUUGACUACCGCGGGGCUGGUCUGUGCAGCGUGGUAUUCCCGAGCUAUGCACAACCUCUACUUCAUCGUCGAGUUGCACGACCGCAAGGGCUUCGACCUGCUGUCCCAGCAGUGUCGCACGUCUCCGCGCGUCAGGCGAUGGCUCGCGACCGCACGCCAGCUAAUCGCUUCGGAUCGCCCCAAGCUCCCUCCCGGGAAAGAAAGAAAGGACAGAAAGAACAGUUGCUUCCUGCACGCACUGCCUCUCGCCCUCGGUCAUGUCCUAUCCGGCGUACAGGUCCUCUCGAUCACAAGGUUUCACCCGAAUGCUACGCCCUUGCCUUUCUUCCUCGCGCUAUCGCACUUCGAAUCCGUCACGUCGCUGACGCUGCUGCACUGCAGACUGAGCAACAUCUCACAACUGCGGCGGCUCGUCUGUGCGUUUCCCCGCCUCAAACACCUCCUGCUGAGCGAAAACAUCCUCGCCCAGGAGUCUCCCGCCGGCCACGUAUAAGAAGCCACGCACUUUCAGCCACCGUCCGACAUACGCCUGCAGCGCCUCGAGAUCUCUCGAGAUCGGUCUGAACGACACGGGGACGUCGGCGACUAUCAUCGACUGGAUCGAGCGCUCGGGGAUCUGCACCUCCCUUGACCACCUGAGGUUUGGUCGCAAGACAACGACCCGCAGAUAUAUCAGCAAGUCAACAGGCUCCUCGUAGCAGCCGGGCCAUCCAUGAUUCGGUACAACGAAGAGUUCCGUUUCUCCAGUUGAG